AUGGCACAAGCAGAGUCGUCAACGGCGGCUUCCAAGGAUAGUUUGCGCGCCAACGUUUCAGGGGCGCCUGUCAAUUAUGAAUUGCCGUGGGUGGAGAAAUAUCGACCUGUAUUUCUAGACGACGUUGUUGGAAAUACCGAAACCAUAGAGCGGUUAAAGAUCAUCGCCCGUGAUGGAAACAUGCCCCAUGUUAUCAUAUCUGGCAUGCCAGGAAUAGGGAAGACGACCUCGAUUCUCUGUCUAGCAAGACAAAUGCUAGGAGAUACAUAUAAGGAGGCCGUAUUGGAGCUUAAUGCCAGUGACGAGCGAGGUAUCGACGUUGUCCGAAAUAGGAUAAAAGGGUUUGCGCAAAAGAAAGUCACACUGCCCCCUGGUAGACAUAAGCUUGUCAUCCUCGAUGAAGCAGAUAGUAUGACAUCUGGUGCUCAACAAGCUCUUCGACGUACCAUGGAGAUCUUCUCUACCACCACCCGCUUUGCCUUUGCAUGCAAUCAAUCUAAUAAGAUCAUUGAGCCCUUGCAAUCUCGUUGCGCAAUUCUCCGGUAUUCGCGUUUAACCGAUGCACAGGUCGUCAAGCGAUUGAUGCAAAUCUGCGAAGCGGAGAAUGUUAAACACUCUGAAGAUGGCAUUGCAGCUCUCGUAUUUAGUGCCGAAGGUGACAUGCGUCAGGCAAUCAACAACCUGCAGAGUACAUGGGCUGGAUUCGGAUUUGUGAGUGGUGACAACGUCUUCCGAGUUGUAGAUAGCCCACAUCCGGUGAAGGUGCAGGCGAUGAUCAAGGCAUGUUGGGAAGGGAAAGUUGAUAUCGCGUUGGAUACUUUGAAUGAAUUAUGGGACCUGGGGUACUCUGCCCACGAUAUCAUAUCGACCAUGUUCCGCGUAACCAAGACUAUUCCUAACCUCUCUGAACAUUCAAAACUAGAGUUUAUCAAGGAGAUCGGGUUUACUCACAUGAGGAUCCUGGAGGGGCUGCAGACCCUAGUCCAGCUCAGCGGGUGUAUCGCCAAAUUAUGCAAAAUCAACAUGAAACCAGAGCUGUAUAAGCCGCAAAAGUCGUGA